UGUCAAUGUAAAUGCUGAUGUGUUACAAGGUAUAACGGCGCUGUGAAGCUUCUCUCAUUCAUGUUGAUGAAACACUUAUUGAAAAACUUGGAUACGACAUAAGUAGAUGUCAGAGAGGAAAUAUAACGCUGCCUUGAAGCGAAGAAUAGUUGCACAGCGUCGUUGGGCGAAUGGCGCCCAAAGGGAAAGUUGGCACCAAAGGCAAGAAGCAGAUCUACGAGGAGAACGAGGCGACUCUGAAAUUCUACACGAGAGUCAUUCUCGGAGCUAAUGCAAUAUAUGCUGCUAUAAAUCUUUUGGUUUUCUAUAGUUCAUCCACUUUAUGGACAUGGUUGCUACUUGCCUUUGCACUGGCAGUAUAUGUUGGGAGUUACCGCUCCAUGUCUGCCGUGGCCAAGCCUGCGUUUGCUGAGGAUGGGAGUCUUUUAGAUGGAGGAAUCGAUUUGAAUAUGGAACAGGGAAUGGCAGAGCACCUUAAGGAUGUCAUCUUGCUCACUGCCAUAGUACAAGUACUCAGCACCAUCACCUCCUACUUCUGGUAUCUCUGGCUGCUGGCCCCUGCCCGUGCACUGCACCUCCUAUGGGUAAACUUUCUGGGUCCUUGGUUUUCAGCUGAGAGCCCUGCAGCACAGGAGGAAGUGAAUGAGAAGAAACAAAGACGGCAAGAACGCAGGCAAAUGAAGCGAUUCUGAUCCCCCUGAGGAGACUUCGCAUUAUUUUUAUAAACAGUUGAAUAUACCCAGGAACUCAGAUAAGUUAUUCAGGAUUAAAUUUUGAUAUGUACUUUAAAGAUGAGAUCAAAUCAGAUGCUGUGAGGAACCUUGUUUUCUUUUUUGUUUUUCCAUCUACUUUCUCCUGAAAUCCACUUAGUUCAUGUCAUAGUCCAAAGGCUGCACAAGGCGGCUCUGUUCUUUUGCUUCGGCCGCCGUGACACUCCUAGUGACCUCCACCAUAAACUGUAGUUUUCUCAUUAGUUACUUUCACCAAUUAACUACUAAAAAUUGACGGAUAAACUUUUCUUUCAGACGUACUGGCAGCGAUUAAAUUAAGCUCACAUGUGUGCCUCAGAUCAGCUCCAUCUAAUGAAAGCUUGUUUUUGAGAAAUGGGUGUACAGAAGGUCAAAAUACUUCAGUUUAUACUUUUCAUGUGCAUUACAAAAGAAUUGUAAUUACAUUACUUGGUUGCAUAAAAGCAAGGAAGAAAUAUUAAAUACUCUAUGUAGUUUUUAUUAAAGCUGAUUGUGGCAAUUUUACCGGUCGUCACAAAAAAAGAAAAGAAAACUAAUGCGUCAAAAUCUCUUAAACAGAGGCAUGAUCUUUGUCCCAGCUCUUAAAUUCUGCUUAAACUUACCUUGGCAAUGCAUAGGUACUGUCAAAGUACAAAAUGUACAUCUUUAUUUAAUUACAUUUACAUUUAUUGUACAUUUAAUCAAAAUUUAAGUACAUUAUAUAAGAAAAUGUUUGUUUCAUUUCUAUACUUUCGGUGUUACCACCAUAAUAAAGGAAAUUGGUA